AUGUCGUUGAAACAAUGCCUCCUCCUCGCCUGGCUCACCCCACGGCUCGUGGUUGCGCCAAAACCAAGAGACAUAAGAGGCGCGGGAGAAAACGCGCCCCGAGCUUUCGACCACUACCGCCACGUCCACGUCCCGAAGACGGCCGGGACCGUGUUUCGAGCAGACGCGGCGCGCGUCCUGCCGCGCAACGCGACACUUCACACGGCCGAGAAGUGCUACUGCACGAAGUACAAAAUUCGUAAUGACGCGCCGACGAUCCUCUUCGUGCGCAUACCCGAAACGCACGUGCUCUCACAAUAUGCACAAUGCAAGUACUCGUCGUGGGCGCGGCGGCUGCCGCGGAUGGUUGAUUUCUUAGCGACGCACGACUUUGCUGAUUGGCUCGACGCCUUGUCUACGUCGGACGACGACUUCGGCUGCUACAACCCCUGGAACCUCCAGACGCGGUAUUUGACCUGUCAUUCUACGAGAUACGUGCGAGACAAGAAAUAUGAUCACCUGGACGGCCACCACGUCGUGCGGCCGCGCAAGCACUCCCAUCAUGGCUUCGGGCGAACAGGCGACGUCGCGGCCGCGACGCGGCGUAUCACUUCAUUUAGCUUCGUGGGCGUGGCGGAACACUACCAUGCAUCACUCUGCAUCUUCGCGUUCUGGGUGCGCGGGGCGCUACCACAGGGCUGCGACUGCGCGCAUUCUGAUGCCUUCGCCGCCGCGGCGAACGGCUCGCACCCGUCCAUGGUCCACGGCGUCCCGCGGCUCAGCGUCGACGGGCUCUCGCUAGACGUCCGCGCUCGUAUUGCGCCCUUUGUCGCGCAGGACCACGAGGUCUACGCCGCUGGCUUCCGACGGUUCGCGGAGGCGGCGGGCGGCGUCGUCGAGGCCGCGACUGGUACACAAGUCCUAUGUGCGAGAGACAUACAACCCGCGACGCGCGCCGCGCUCGGAAAAACGACCGCGGGGCGACGCCUCGUCGCCGCCCUCGACGCGGGCGCCCUCCCACAACCGCAACCGGGCCUCCUGCCGCGCCGCGCGGACGGCGUCGGAAGAGUAGAGCCGGCCUGCAGCUUUCACUAA